GGCUCUCCAUCUUCUGUUUGCUUCCUCCUGAUUGGCAGCCGAGGUUGUUGUUACUGUGGUGAAGUGUGCCCGGGCCAGUGGAGGGUGGUUGAUAGGGAUCAGAGGAUUCCAGCUCGGGCUGCUUUAUGCCUUUUAAGGUAGUCUUGAACCGAGUGAGAACAGGACGGCUUGGGGAACGCACCUUAGAUUGAAGGAAACGUUUGCACAGGGAGAGUUGGGUGUGUGUGUGUGUGUGUUUCUGUGUGUGUGUGUGUGUGUGUGUGUGUGUGUAGGUGCGCAAGGUGCCACCGGUUUGAGCCUAAUAGCAGCUAACACAGGAAGCAAAAAUAUUUCACAACAACAAGGGUUACACACACACACACACACACACACACACACACACACACGACUAGACGAGACUAGGCACACUCACUCACUCUCUCCUCCCCUUCGAGGUUAGUCUUAACAAACUUCAAAGAGGCAGACAGAGCUCUCAGAUGUGCAGGGGCUCCUCAGAAGCAGGUCCGGGCAUGCACUUUGACCCCAGGGUCUGAGGACGAGGAAGCAUGAGGAAGAACCACAGCGCCAUCCCGCUCAUCUAUGUGACCGAGGCGGAGCGAAGCAGCUGCGAUGUCAACAUCCUCAGCAUCCCGGUGCCCAUGCGGCGUGGCGGCUCAGAGUCCAACCUGGAUGUGGUGGACAGCGUCGGAGAUGACGGGGUGGGCCUGGAUUUCACUAAAGGGCCGCUGGGGAUCGACAGCCUGCAGCAGAAGAUCCUUAAGGUGACCGAGCAGAUCAAGGUGGAGCAGUCGGCCCGGGACCAGAACGUGGCCGAGUACCUGAAGCUGGUGAACAACGCCGACAAGCAGCAGGUGGGACGAAUACGCCAGGUGUUCGAGAAGAAGAACCAAAAGUCGGCGCACAGCAUCGCCCGGCUGCAGAGGAAGCUGGAGCAGUACCACCGCCGCGUGAAAGACAGCGAGACCAACGGCAAGCACAGCAGCAAGGACAACGGCAAAGAGUCCGGUACCCACAGCAAGGAGGGGAGCCUGCGGGACGUCAGCGCCACAGGACGACACCCGGCUCUGGACAAGGUGAAGACGAUCGGACCCGGUGUGUCGCUCUCGCCGCCUUUCUUCUUCAACAAGUCUCGGGAGUUCGCCAACCUCAUCAGGAACAAGUUUGGCAGCGCCGACAACAUUGCACACCUCAAGAGCUCCAUGGAGACGGAGUCCGGGCUGAAAGUGGACAGUGGGGCGAGGGGUCUGAGCGGCAGCGCCAACACAGUAGCCAAGACGACCAAGUACCAGAGCGAUGAUGAGUGCUCCACGGGGACGUCGGCGUCCGCUGACUCAAACGGGAACCCGGCUGGAGGCUCGGGGGCUGGGUCAGGAGGGCCCGGUAGGUCUGACUCCAACGGGCGCCUUGGGGAGGUGCUGGAGAUGGUGAGGGAGAUCAGGGAGGCCCAAUCACAGCUGGCGGAGGACAUGGAGACUCUGAACACACAGUUCAAACGAGACUACAGCUACUUUACGCAGACGAUGCAGGAGGAGAGAUACAGGUAUGAGAGGUUGGAGGACCAGUUAAAUGACCUGACGGAGCUCCACCAGCAUGAGACCAGUAACUUGAAGCAGGAACUGGCCAGCAUUGAGGAGAAAGUGGCGUAUCAGGCCUACGAGAGAGCCAGAGACAUACAGGAGGUCCUGGAGUCGUGCCAGACUCGUGUGUCGAAGCUCGAGCUCCAGCAGCAGCAGCAGCAGACGGUUCAGCUGGAAAACACCGACGCCAAGGUGCUGCUCGGGAAAUGCAUCAACAUCAUGCUGGCCAUCGUCACGGUGAUCCUGGUGUGCGUCUCCACGGCGGCCAAGUUCACCGCCCCGUUGCUGCGUAGCCGCCUCCACCUGGCGCUCACCUGCGUGGGCGUGUCCGUUCUGGCUCUGCUGUGGAAGAACUGGGAACAUUUACAGUGCGCUUUGGAACGAUUGCUCCUCCCACACUGAGCCGCGCACGCUCCACACCAGGAGCUACGAGACACAACGAGACCAGCAAACAUUGGCCAACCCCUGCCUGCGUCCAGGUCCUCCAGUAGGUCUGUUGUCAUGGAGACGCAGGAAACAGCGAGGAGUUUACAUGUAGCCUUACACCAGCCCUAGUCCCCUCCCCCUCCCUCCUGCAGCAGUUUUUAGGCUCCAAGGUGACUUGAUUUAUGGGGUCUGUGCUUUUUUUGCAUGUCUAAAAAUGAGGUUCACACAAAUUCCUUUCCGAAAAUACUUUAAAGGAAUAAUGCACACGUGAACUUUUUAAGCUGAUAUAUAUCCUGUGACAGAAAUGUGCUGUCUCUACAAAGCUGAAGGUGCAUAAAAUGAAUAACAGAGUAUCACUACAGUCAUAAGGGACACUAAAAAUCCAAACAUAGAGUGAUGGGCUUUAUUUUGGGGCUUUUUUUAAAAAAAAAUAAUACAGUAAUUAUUUGAAGUGUAUUUUAACUCUUCACACCUCUAAAACGAAACCCCUCACUGGCAGUACGUGUGAAGCGGUCGAUGGGUGCACGCCUACAGUCCCCGAAAGCCUCGUCGUACACCAGCCAGCUGUGACGAACACAAACACAAAUCCAAUCUGAAGGUUGAAUUUGUUCCUUGUGUGUGUCUAAACUUUUACUGUUCUGUAUUUAUGUGAUGAUUGUUUUAUUUGUCUCAUUUUUUUGAAGCCUGGUAUACACGUUGUUUUAAACCUGUGGGUGUGUUUGUGUCUUAUACUGUAUACACCUGCUUGUGUGUUUUAUACUGUGUGUCUUAAAGGAAUAGUGCGACUUUUUUUGGGACAUAUGCUGCAGAGUAGUAGGCAAAUAGUGACUCGUGGGGUAAAUCCUUACCUCCAGGAAAUGAAAUAUUUGGGCCGCUGAUGAAAGCUGGAGUUUCAAAUCUACUGUAGAUAACUAAAUAAAUAUAAGACUCAUGUAAAAUCACAACUUUAAAUACUGACACAUUUAAACCAUGGUAGAGUACAUGGUGCUGAAGUCUAAUUAACUUACCAAAAACAAUAUUUUCAUGUUCUGUUUUAAAUCUACAACUUAAUAACAGCAGAAUUGUUCUUCACAAACACAAAUAUGGGCUAGAUUAAUCUGAAUUGUGUGCAGAUGCUUGAGUGCAGCACUUUCAAUCAACUCUAAGUGCAACACAGAACUGUAUUUACCUAAGAGUCACUUCUGGCUAAAUGACUCACUUCCUGUACUAAUAGCCAAACACAAGCUUUACAAACCUAAUAAGUGUCUAUAAAUCAAUUAAAGCUUAUCUUAAGAAUGCAUCUUGUUCUUAAAUGAAUUAAAAGGAAUAAACAAGACGUUUAGGCCUUAGGAGUUUCCACUGCUUCAAUGAAAAAUCUUGAGAAAAAUGGCCCAUAGUAGUAAAUAUAAAGCUGUCAAUCAUGCUUUCUCAGAGCUCAAGACACAACCUCAAAUGUGUAAUUUCAUCCUAACUAGUCCAGAACUGAAAGAUAUUAGUUUACUGUCACAUAGGACUAAAGAAAUGUUUUAAAAAUGCAUUUAAGAAG